AACCCUAACAUUAUAAUCAUUGAUUUACACAAACCUAACCGUCACCUACAGGAGCCAUAAAACGGUUGGCACACGGUUCCUGCUACCGGCCUCGCUACGAUCUUCCCAGUCGCAAAACGACCAAAACCCCCUUUAAAAAGCCCGCCAACCAAGGGCCAUACACCUUGGUACAUAACGAUAUUACCCCACCGUUCCUUAUCCGCUUAGUUCCUUUAUGACACGCGCCAAGAAAAAGAUGUCCUGACGUCGAUAUCGUGCCCUUUCUUUUCCUUCUUGCUGCCUACCUGCUUGCCGCUUUACCUCUUCAUGCGUGCGACCCCCUGUUUGCUGUGCCUGUACCCGCAACUACGCUAUAUACCGGGCAAACCGGGUAUCGUUGUGUGAGUGUUCCCUCGCUCGAGGUUGCCGUUUGAUCGGCGUUGAACAGGCAGUGUGCAUUUUAUUCGUAACGGAACCACAGUCAGGAGCGCAUCGCUAGAGCGUCGGUUAGGCAAAGUUUCACUUGCAACGAUUUUUCUUUCGGCCUAGUUUAGUUUAGAGAGGAAGAGUGUGUGUGUUUGAGAUUGUUUUAUGAAACGGAAAGGGAUAUACAGAGUUAAAGAACGAUUCAGAAAGCAUGUGAUUUAGGAAAGUGUGAACUGAAAGUGAAUUUAUAGCUAUCCCAUAACUAAAUAUUGCUCAAUGCGGAUAGAGAGUGUGUCUGCGACUUCAACAACGAACCAGCAAGUACCAAUGAUCCGCAAAAGCAGACAAGAACACACAAAACGGCAAUAGAAAGUUGAAAAAAGAACCGGCACCAUCGCGUCACCACCAUCCCGAUUAUGAACAAAACAAGCGGUUUAACAGCCUUCUGUUAGGUUUGGUUAUUUUCAUUAAGUUUACCUGUUUGCCGAGAGCCGAGAGACCCGGGAAGGGCGAGCAAAAGUUAAGCGAUUUUCGUUUCGUUUUUGUGUUUGUUUCAAACAUUUUUUUCGUUUUGAGCACGUUCUUGUGUUUUUUUUCGUUGUUUUUGUUUUGUAUUAUCGCCUCCCCCGCACCCGUUACCCCCCAAAACACUAUAUAAAUGUUGAAGAUGUCGUUCUCGAAGGCGAAGCUGAAGAGAUUCAACGAUGUGCCAGCCGUUUCGUCUCCUUCAGCGUUCGCUGAACCGAAAGAGAAGGAGCUCCCGAAGAAGUCAAAGAAGGAGGACAAAAUCAAGAUCGGUGGCAGUAUGGACGCGGAAUCGAUCAAGACGACCAAAAGCGCCCUCAGCCUGUUCCGGACGCCCUCGCUGCCCCGUCGCCUAAAGUUCAAGCACAUCUCCGACCUGACGCCGAAGAAGUCCUCCGCCAAGGAGGAGAAGCUGAGCCGUCUCGCGGAGUGUGGCAGCUCGGAAAAGGCACCGGAAGUGCCUGCCGCCAGCAAAGUCCCACCGAUCGUGCAGCUCUACAACAAGAUCGACGUUAACAAGGAGGCGCUCGCCAAAGCGCGCGAAGAAAAUGAGCAGCUGCAGGCGAAGAUGCAAGAGCUGCGGGCGGAGCAUCAGCGGGCCGAGCUCGAUCGGAUGAGUUUGAUUGCGGAAAAGGACAACCAGAUCAUGCUGCUGGAGCGUGAGCUUACGAGCAUUACGAAGGCGGACGAACUGCUGCAGCACAUUGCGGAGGGCUGUCUGGAGAAGGUGAAGGAGUACGAGGGAGAGAUCCGCGAGCUGCAUCGCAGCUACGAGCGGCAGCUGUGCGACAUGCACGACUCCAAGACGGAGCUGGAAAUCCGGUACGAGGAGCUGCUGGUGGUGCACCGGAUGCUGCAGAACGAUUACGAGGUGAUCGAGGGCGAGAACCACUUCCUGAACGAGGAGCUGGUGGCACUGCGCGAGAUCCUCGAGGCGCACGAUGUGGAGCUGCAGCGCAAGACGGACGAAAUUAAGCUGAUGGAGGACGGGCUGAAUGAGCUGGUGAUCGAGGGACGGGAUCUGAAGGAGCAGGUGCGCUAUCUGAAGGCACAGGCGGAGGAGGAUAUGGUGCGGUACGUGGAGGAGGGCCGCAACACGAUCCGCGAGAUCGAUCAGCUGCGGCAGGAGAACGCCCGGCUGCUGACGAAGGUGGCGGAGCAGGUCGCGAUCGUGGCCGGUAUGCAGGAGGAGCUGAACGAGCGCCAGUUCGAGAUGGACGAUCUGCGCAGCGACAUCCGGAACGAGUUCAACCAGGAGCUGACGGCGCUGUGCAAGAAGCACGAGGCGCAGGUCGCCACCAUGACCGAGCUGAACGAGAUGAAGAUCAAGGAGUGCGAGUCGAUCUUUGUGCUGGAAAAGUCGAAGCUGGUCAAGGAGCACUCCGACCGGGUGAAGCGGCUGGAGCAGGAGCAUCAGCGCGAGCUGGAGCGGAUCGGCGAGCAGGCGGAGGAGAAGAUCCGCAUCGCGGACAUCCAGAACGAGGAGCGCGUGAAGGCGCUGGAGCUGUCGAUCCAGAGCUCGAUCUCGGCGGCGCUGGCCGCCGAAAAGCUGCACUGGCAGAAGGAGCUGGACAAGUGUCAGAAGAUUGCGGAAACGGAGAUCAUGCAGUGUGAGUUCGAGAAGCGCGACCUGCGCACCCUCUGGGAGGCCUCGAACGAGGUGAUCAAGGAGAACGAGAACCGGCUGGCGGAGCUGGAGCGCCGGCUGAAGGUGGAGCUCGAGCCGGGGGCGAAGUCGCGCGACGAGCUCGAGACGGAGGCGCGCGAUCUGGCGCUGGAGUGCUCGCGGCUCAAGACGGAGAAGUACAACUACCAGCUGACGCUGAACAACACCCGCUCGACGGUGAACAUCUUGAUGGAGCGGUUGAAAAAGUCGGACGGCGAUGUGGAGCUGCUGAAGGCGGAGCUGGAGCAGGUGCUGCGCAGCAAGGCGGAGACGGAGACGGCCAAUGGCAAGCUGCGGGAGGAGCUGGUCGAGUAUCAGCGUGUGCUGGGAGCGCUCCGGACGUCUUCCACCGCGCUGGAGAAGGAGAUGCGCGACAAGAGCGAGGUGUUCGAGAAGCUGAUGAGCUCGGAGGAGGAAGCGAUACUGACGGUGUCGCAGAUCGGCAAGCUGUUCAGCGAGCGGAUGGAGGAAAGCAUGGGCCGCUAUCUGGAGAUGUACGAGGAGCUGAAGAAGAAGUACGAUGCGCGGGAAGCGUACAUCCAGGAUCUGAAGGCGCUGCUGGACGAGUUUGCGAACGGCAUCGAGCUGGCCCGCAUCGAGCUGGACACGAAGGACAAGAAGAUCUUCGAGCUGGAGAACGAGAACAAAAACAUCAAGCUGGAAAACAUGACGUUCCGGUUUAAGUGCGAACAGUUCGAGAAGUACAACCAGGCGGAGAGUCGCCUCGGUGCUGGAGGCCCGGUGGAGCAGGAGGAGCAGGAGGCAGUUGACGAUGAUGAACGGUUGGUGCCGAACUUUUUGAUCGAAAACAUCAUCAACCAGCUGGAGCAGCAGGAACAGCAGCAGCAACAGCACCAGGGUGGAAUGUCGGAGAAGCAACCGCUUGGUACGAUCCACGAGAUGAUCGAGAGUGCAGGCGGUGAUCAGAAUGGAUCAGAAAUCAUCGAAAAGCUAAAGGAAACGGAAGAGAAGCUACGCAUUGUGGAAGAGUUUGCCAAAGAGACCUCGGACAAGUACACGGAGCUGCUGGAAAAUCAGAACAAUCGCCAGAAGAUGAAGAACCUGGAAUGCAAUAAGGAUCAACAGCAGCUCAAAGCGAAAAUUGCCAAACUGCAAGAGCUGAACAAGAAGCAGGAAAACACCAUCCAGAACCUUCAACAGCAGCUGUCCACCUUCGAUUCGCCCCAGAAGCUGAACGGUUCGAUCAAGUACCUGUCGGCAACGGCCAGCCCGAAGACGCCGAAGAAGCAGCUGAUCGUGUCACCGUUCCCCGGCAAGGAGAACCGCUCGCCGGCCCAGAUCGGUGUGUUCAGCCCACGGUCGAACGUGCUGCGGGCACGCAACAACUAAUUGUGAUCGGCCAACGGUUGUGCUGGUAUGGUUGGCACAAUCGUACUAAACUGAGAUGGUCAGAGGUUUCCUUCCUCGCAACGGCGGCUGCGAGAUGCGAUGUAAACGAAGAUGUAAAUUUAAAAUUAUUUAUUUCCGCCCUCCGCUCUUUCCGCAGUAAGAGCUGUUCCCCAUUUCCCCUUUAAUCCUACUUGUGCUUCUCGAACCGUGGAUGGAAAGGAAACAUAGUGACCGAAAAACAGAUACAGACAUUCUUACACCCGAUACGUGUGAAGAAUAAAUCAGAAAAAUUUAGAAAAACAAAAAAUA